UACCAUUAUUGCGGUUCUUCCUAAUCAAUCCAGUUGGCAAGAAGUAUUCUGAAGCUUCAGCAACGAAAAUCUGGCUGAACGAAGGGGGUUGCGGAGGGAGGAUGGGGGUUGAUGAUGGGGAAAGGUGAGGAGAUGACGGGGAACUGGAAGGACGCGAGAGAGCGCCAGAGCUCGGAUGACGCCGCACCGCUGCCUAUUUGGUUCGGCUUCGACCUUCGACUGCUUUCUUCCGCUCUCUUACCCCACGCUUUGAUUUUCGGGUCGGUUUAAGCUUUUGUCAUCAUACAAACCGAUUCUAUUUCUCUUUUCUACGACAUACUCCUCUUUGCUACGCUUUGGCACCCCAUCGAGAGCUUCAUAUAUACACCGCAAUCAUGAGCGCCCACGUCGUGGUGAUCGACGCGACAGCCCGGCGAGCUACAGUCAAGACCACACCAGGCAAAUACUUGACGGAUAUUCUACAAGAAGCAUGUUCAAAGCUCGGCUAUAACGCAAGCCAAUAUGGCCUUAAGCACAACCGCAAGCAACUCGACCUCUCUCUUUCCUUUCGUCUUUCCGGUCUCAGCUCUGGAGCAAAGCUCGAGCUUGUGCAGCUAUCCCGCUCUCCUUCUAUUGUCACGGUGGCGUUACAACUUCCCGAGUCGGAGGCACGUGGGGCUCCAAAUGGCCGCAUAACGGACAAGUUCCCAAGUACAACAACAUUGUGGCUGGUAUUGCGCAAGUUUGAAGCUGGUGUAGCAGGAAGCGGACCGGCAAGGAAUCUCACUGCACGCGGCGUUCCCUCUAUAUCUGGCGACUCUGGUGCGGGGCGGCUGUUCUAUGAGAUCCCGGUGCUCCAGAUCAUGGAUCGCGAGCUAUCAAGCUUCACCGAUCUACAGAAAUCCCUUGCCCAGCUUGGAUUUAAUAGUGGAAACGUACUUAUUCGACUCAGUUUCCGGCGCACAGAGAAGCCGCUCGAAGAAGCAAUGACGAACAUUGCUGAAUACUUCAAGUCGCCUGAGGACGAGCUCCCAGGUGCACAGCCAGGUCAUAUAUCCGCCACUCCGCCUGCAGAGGGGACUGUUGGCGAGCCCCAAGACCAGGCAGCUAUUCCUUCAACAUCAGAGGUCGUCGGCGAACCCGUCGUUCAAGGUGCUACUGCGCAAGAGCUCCCAAGCUCCGUCUCAGAUCAACCUGCAGCGUUAACGGCUGGCCGUGCCGUCACGGUCUUCUCUCCCCCGACUAACGAUACACCAUCUUCCGCACAGUUAUCUUAUAAUGAAGAAGACUAUAUCCCCUCUGUUGAGCACGCGAAAGCUCAUCAGCGGCUCCUCAACGAAGCCUCGCGCAAUAAACGCCUCCUCACAGAUGCGGAAAUUGCUGCGAAAGCAGCCGCAGAGGAAGCGCGUCGCUCAGAACUUCGCGAAAUAGACGUGAAAGUCCGCUUCCCAGAUCAGAGUCAGGUAAUAGCCAAAUUUGGACCUCGGGACUCUGGAUCAACGCUUUACGGAUUCGUUCGCAAUUGUCUUGCCCCUCCAUUCGCGGCAGAGAAGUUCACUCUGAAUGUGUUCUCCAGCCCAACUGCCGUUCGAUCGGCACAUGCGAAUACAAUUCCCGACUCGGACCAAUCACUGUUGAUCAAGGACCUUGGCCUCGCUGGUCGAGUACUUGUCAACUUCUCAUGGACCGAUACAUCCGCGGCUGGUCAGCGCCGCACGAACCUUCUUCGUCCAGAGCUACGCAGCCAGGCUCAAGAGCUGAAGGUCGAGCAGCCUCCCGAGCCGGUGGAAGAGCCAUCCGCUUCCACAUCGGAAAAGGCUGAACCAAGUGGUGCCCACGAUGGUGGCAAGCCUGGCGGAACGCGAAAGCCGGGGGCGAUGCCCAAGUGGCUCAAGCUGCCGGGAAAGAAAUGAUUCAAGACCAACAAUGCUUAUCUGCAUAUGAAUGAUGUGAAACCUGGGUGAAUGAUGGCCCUGACUAUGGAAUCUAACCGCUUCGUGUUAGAACUUCGUAUCAGAUAUCUCGAUAGAUCUUAUUUGAACCUGGAUUUCAUGACCGCCUAGAACGCUAUAUCUGAAUACUGAUAAUUCCAAUCUGCGAGUUGCAGUAUUGCAAGAUUAGAUAUCCAAAAUAUACAAGUAUAAAUGAUUAUGUUCUCGCCCAACCGGUCUCCUUUUCAAUUUGCCGUUGGUCCGCCAGGGAGGCGGCCUGCCGAAUGUUGAAUCGCUGGAUGGGUAGGGGAACCACGCUGGAAAUAGCAGGAAAGGUGUCGCAAGUACACAUGUUCCUCCUGAUCUACGCCAAGCCAUACUCUGCUCUACCCUGCGACCACGAACUCCAGAACUCUACGAUCAAGGCACAGCAUGUGAAGGUAUUGAACAAGAUUUGUUUUCAUUAUGGUUUCGCUUCCGAAAAACAGGGAAGGGAUUCCACUUUUGCCAUCCCCAUGCAUCCACCGAAAAGCCACACAAAAAACCCCAUAUUCCGAUUCGAAGCCAUAUGCUGAAUGGCGGCCGUAGGUAUUAUCACAUCAGACCUGCCAGACUUCGACCAUAAUUUUUUCUUCGUGUUCCCUUGCGCGCGCCAGGUAUUCGAGUCGUUAAACGAUAGAGAAAAAAAGUAACGGAAUGGUGCGUUUAGUGAGCCUGGGUACGGCGGGCCUCGGCGAUGACCUUCUGCAUGUCCUCAACCUUUCUCUUGCCGCGGGUGAAGGUGCCGAGCUGUAGAAGAAAAUGUUAGCUUUUGGAUCGAAGAUAAUUGGUCUUGUAUGCUUGCUGGUUCGAUGGCGAUGGAACGUAGACCGUCGGACUUGGCGAGAUAGGGAUGACGAAGUUUGAUGAACCGAGCAAGGAGCAUUUCCAAUCGAGAAUUUCCACUCUCUUGAAAAUGUCAUCACGCAUUGGUAGAUCUGCCACUUCACCCUCCCAGAGCCUCCGCCGAUCCAACAUCGAAUCCACAAAACAAGCCAGAGAGCCAACCCAUCUAGUUGCAGGUACAAGAAUUCAAAGGGAGGUGGGAUUCGGUAGAC